CGAUCCCGGGGUCACACCGUCCGAAGCCCAAACCAAGCCCAGACCGAUCGACCCUGUCCAAAGCUUAUCUAGGUUUUCGGUUCCUCCACAGGAUGGCCGAUCCCGCCGCCGGAGGCGCCAUGGUCCCCGCUGCCGGAGGCGGCAGCGUGUGGGCGAACGGCGCCCCCCGCUUCGGCGACAUGGUCUGGGCCAAGGUGAAGUCGCACCCGUGGUGGCCGGGCCACAUCUACAGCGUCAGCCUCACCGACGACGAGGAGGUGCACCGCGGCUACCGCUACGGGCUGGUCCUGGUCGCCUUCUUCGGCGACAAAAGCUACGGGUGGUUCGAGCCCAGCGAGCUCGUCCCCUUCGAGGAGCACUUCACCGAGAAGGCGGCCCAGGGCGGCAGCACCCGCAGUAGUUUCGCCGGCGCCGUGGCGGAGGCCGUCGACGAGGUAGCCCGUCGCAGCGCGCUAGCGCUGCUCUGCCCGUGCAAGAGCCCCGACGCCUUCCGCCCCCACCCCAGCGACGGCAACUUCCUCCUGGUCGAUGUCCCGGCAUUCGACACUGACGCUGACUACCACCCCGACCAGAUCCAGGCCGCACGGCAGCGGUUCGUGCCGCGGAAGGCGCUCGACUACCUGCUGGACGCCGCCGUGACUCAGCGGGACGCGGCGGAAAAAGCGGCGCGCACCGUGCCUGGGAUGGAGAUGGCCGCGCUGUUCUCGGCGUACCGUCGCGCAGUGUUCUCGCCGAUAGACAACACCUACGCCCAAGCGUUCGGGGUGGAUCCCGAGCUGGCGCUUGCUGCCGAGCAGAAAGCCGCGGCAGAGCGAGCUCAACGAGCGCGGCCGCUCAAAGGGGGCCCCAGGAAGACGGCGGACCAGGCCACACCGGCGGCCGGCCGCCGGAGGGGAGGCGCCGGCGGCGCCGCCGCCAGGCUCAUGGAGAAGAUCGUGCCCGGAGCGCCCGCCAUGAAGACCAAGUCCAGCAAGAAGGACCAGUACCUGCUCAAGCGCCGGGACGCGCCCGAGGCCUCCGCACACAGCCAGCCGCAGCUCCCAGACGCGCCGCCGCCGGCACCCACGCUCGCGGCGGAGGACGGACCACCUGGCUUCCCGGCCAGCGGCGACCCGCCCACACCGCCGCUGCCCGGGAGCUCCGUCGCUGACGAGGACUUCAUGCUGCAGAGGCGCGUCCCGCUCGUCGAUGUCCCUCCCGCCGUCCAGGCCCAGCCGAGCGAGGGCCCCGCCGCGCCCAAGAACGCGACCAAGCUCAAGAAGCCCCGCAAGCGCGAGCGGGAGGAAGGCCCCGAUGCAACCCCCGACUCCGCGGACGCCGCCGGCGACCCCAAGAAGAAGAAGAAAAAGAAGAAGCUUUCCGACGUGGACGGCGCUGGCGGCAAGGUCGCCUUCGUGGUUGAGGGCCGCGACGUGCUUGAUCUGACGCAGGUACUAUCGGACAUCCGGAACCUCCCGCUGGCUCCCUUCCAUGGCGCCGAACGUCUCAUCUCUGACGCCGCUCGCUCCUUCGUCCUCGCGUUCCGCUCAAAAUACUACAAGAAGAGCUACGAGAACGACCCACCCGAGGAGUUGAAGAGCCUGGACAAGCCCAGUGCCGCCGCCACUGACGGCCAGUCGCCCAAGAAGAAGAAGCCUGCCCCGAGGCCUGGCGCAGGGAACGACCCCACCAAAGCCGGCGUCAAGCGCGGGCCAUCGGACCGCCAGGGGGAGCUGGCCAUCAAGAAGAAAGCCAAGCUCGAUAAGAUCAAGGUACUGUCCAGUGAGAAGAAGGCCGCCGGUCUGGAGCAGAAAGACACGGCGGCGGCGGCGGCGCAGCAGCAGGCACGGGCUGCAGGCGCCAAGGACAAGGCCGAGAUGGGCGCAGCCAAGAAGAAGGAGCCGGCGUCGGCUCGCACAGUCAGGACCCCGUCGCCGACAGCGCUGAUGAUGAAGUUCCCGCUGAACAGCACGCUGCCGUCGGUGGCGUCGCUCAAGGCGCGGUUCGCGCGCUUCGGCCCGCUGGACGUGGACGGCAUCCGCGUGUACUGGAAGUCCCACAUGUGCCGGGUCGUGUACAGGUUCAAGUUCGACGCGGAGGCCGCGCUCAGGUACGCCAAGGCCAACGCCAUGUUCGGGCAGGUGGACACGCAGUACCACCUCCGCGAGGUCGAGGCGGGGGCGGGCCGCGAGCCGCUGGCGGCGCCGGAAGCAGCCCCGCAGCAGCGCUCCGAGCUGCGGCUCAUGGAGACCGCUGCGUUCAGGCCCGGCACCUCCGGCAACGGAGCUCCGCUGCCCAUGUCCAGGGCCGGGGCCGCGCCGGCGCGUCCGGCCGUGGGGGUGGGGCAGCCGCCCAAGUCGAUCUUGAAGAAGAGCACCGACGAGGGAAGCUCUGGGACCACCAGGGAGGUCUCCCGUGUGAAGUUCGUGCUGGACGGCGCGGACGGUGGCACGCUCGCGCCGCCGCCGAGCGUCGGCGGCAAUGGCAAUGGCGCAGACGGGGGCUCAUCAAUGGUGGCCAAGGCCGCUAAAUCCGUCGGGUUCGCUCCUUCCCAGGCUCUGCAGCCACCACCGCGCACGCUGCAGCCGCCCAUGCGCCCGGCGCACCAGCAGCCUCCGCGCGCCGCCGUCACGCAGCAGCUCCCGCCGCCGCCGCUGCCUCAGCAUCUCCCGUACCACCAGCACCCCCGCGGCGCCGACGGGACUCCGCUGGCCCCUCCCCCAGGUCAGCUGCUGGCAUACCCGCCUCGUGGCCACGGCGAGGGCCCCUCCGCGCUUCCUGGGCUACCGCCGCCGCUGCCGUACCAGCCUCGCCCCACCGGCUUCCCCGGUGGACAGCAGCUGGGGUACCCGCCUCGCUCCGGUGACAACCUGCCACUCCUCGCUGGACAGCCGCAGUUCCCGCCUCGUCCCAGCAACGCCAAGGCUGGCAGUGAGGGUCCAGCGUGGAGGAGGGGGGAGAAGGAGUUCAAGGAGGAGGUGUGGAGGCUGAUGACGGGGAUCGCCAAGAUGGUGGAGCCUCUCACGGACAAGAACGGCUUCUUCCCCUACCACCUGUUCCGAGCGCAGUGAGCCUGCUCCCAGUUCCCCACGGGCUCGCAUGCACGAGCGCAGCAGAGGUGGGGUCGCCGCAGCUGAGCUGCAUGGAGCUGCCGCGUUGUAUCCGUCGGGUCGGGCCCCAGGGCCAGUGGUAGCAAAAUAGCCGUAAUAGCAACCGGGCCGGAGAGAGUGAAGGCUGGCCGGUGCCUUUGUUCCUUUGGUAACGUAUGUGUGGUUUCGUAGUACUCUGGUUUAUGCUCCGUCGUGUAGACUCUGGGCUGACUGGGAAGUAGACUUGUACAAUAGGAUGUUGUAGUGCUUGUUUUGUUUUGUUUUUGAAAUCAUCUUCAUUUUCUAUUUAAUAAUAACUGCAGUAUUAUCG